AUGAGUUCUUCUAAUAUUGUCAGAGCAAUGUCGAGCAUUGGUCAACAACGAAAGCUUGUGGAGCAACUGCGUCAAGAGGCCAACAUUAACCGGCGCCCGGUAUCUGAGUGUGUUCGAGAGAUGAUCACCUACAUGGAACAUAACCGUGAGAAAGACUGUCUAGUCAGUGGCUUCGCAAGCAAAAAAGACAACCCCUUCCAGGAGAAAGGAGGUUGUGUUGUGAUCUAG